CGUCCCCGCGAACAAAGCGCGAGAGGGGCCCGCCGGCCCCCGGGGACAAAGCCGGCGGCUCCCUGCGAGCCGCGCACCUGCCUUCCCUCCCGGGCAGCCUGCGCUGGCAGCGCCUGCCUCGGCAGAUGUAAUUGCUGGACCGAGAGCAAGGGCGCUGCAGAUGGGCUGAGCUCGCUUGCUCACUCGCAGCGGGGCUUGCUAAAUUAUUUUCAUUUUGCCUGGAGCUCCCUGUUUGCCCUGCCGGUGUUUUGUUUCCUUGCUGGUUCAGGCUCUGGUUUUGAGCGGCUUGCGACCCUUAUGGGGAGCUGUACAGUUGUAAUCGGUAUUUUUAUGUGAACGAAGAGCAGUCAAACAAUACUCCCGCAGCAGUUUGAAGUAAAAUUCGGGAGUUCUUAAGGCGCGGUGUUGAAGCUGACACAAUGCAGAAAACAUUUGUGCUGCUUGUAGAGCCUUACCUCACUCAACAAAAUGAGAGUCAUGACAGCGCUGGAUGUGAGCUGCUGCUGUAGCGUUUGCUCUACUAAAAGAAAAAAAGCCAACAAAAAUCUACCCACCAAAACCCCACCCCCUCCUAUCCCAACCGAAAAUUACAAACUCCUCUCCUGUGUUCAGUGCCUACCCCCUCAUCACUCCCUCUUCCCCUCCCCCCAAAUAAGCCAAAUGCAUGAUAAGGUAGAGGAAAACUGUGUGAGUAGUACAGUUGUGUGACUGGUUGUAUGAAACUGCUGUCCAGAAUUGCAGCUGAAAAUGCUGAGAUCUACAACAAGAAACUACUGAAUUCAUGCCUCCUGUGUAUCCCCUGCUCCAGUCCUACAAAUAUUACUAAAUUCAUAGUGUGUUCAGGCUUCUGGAGUAACAGUGAACGAUGAAGUCAUAAAGGUUUUUAAUGACAUGAAAGUAAGGAAAUCUUCAACCCCAGAAGAGAUUAAAAAAAGAAAGAAAGCUGUUCUCUUCUGCUUAAGUGAUGACAAAAAACAAAUAAUUGUAGAGGAGGCAAAGCAGAUAUUGGUUGGUGACAUUGGUGAUACUGUGGAGGACCCCUACACAGCCUUUGUGAAGUUGCUACCUUUGAAUGAUUGCCGAUACGCUUUGUAUGAUGCCACAUAUGAGACAAAGGAAUCUAAGAAAGAAGACCUGGUAUUUAUAUUCUGGGCUCCUGAAAGUGCACCUUUAAAAAGCAAGAUGAUCUACGCAAGCUCUAAAGAUGCCAUUAAAAAGAAAUUUACAGGUAUUAAACAUGAGUGGCAAGUAAAUGGUUUGGAUGAUAUUAAGGACCGUUCAACACUUGGAGAGAAAUUGGGAGGCAACGUGGUAGUUUCACUUGAAGGAAAACCCUUAUAAAAAGACAGACAAGUGCCAUCUGGAUCUAAGGAGCUUCCAUUUCUGCAGCUCGUUCAAUUGGAAUAGUAUUAGUCUCCCCAUCCCCUCCCCUCCUCAAAAAAUAAGUCCCUUCCCCACUGCCCUGAAGGAGAUGUCAUUGUUAAGCAGUCUACCAGUGAUUGCCAUUAGACUGUUUAAUCCUGGUAGUUGUAUGUAGGAUUCAAGGAAUGCUUUCACGUCAUACUCUUGGCCAAAACUGACGUUGCAGGCAUUCCUUGCAACAUGUUCAAUGAAUGUGAUAGUUAAUGUAAAUAGUCUAGCAGACAGCAAAGGGUAAGCUAAUCGAAUGCCUUGAAAGUAUUGUCCACUGGUCGGAUGGUAGACUCUCUACAGUAUUACUUACAGUUGCACUUGAUUGCAGUUCCAUGAGGCUCUUGUGCAUUCAUACACCUCACCUGCCUUGACAAGCCUAUUUUUGUGACAUGGCAGCACACAACACUAUGCAUUUAAAGCACUUUUUUGUAAUAUGUUUGACCUGCCCCCCGCCCCCCAAGGAAUGCCAAUUAAGUUGCUGUAACUGUGUCAUCAAAUUAUUGUAGUACCUCAGUUUCAUUCCUGUUACAUGCAUAUCUUUAUAAAUGAAGUAGCUGUUACGAUGCCUUUCGUUUUCCAUUGAAUGUACACUACUGAACAGGAGUAGAAGUUAUCUGUUUACCAUGUGAGUCUUGAAACACUAAAGUUUUGUAAAACAUCAGUCAUGGUGGCAAUUUCUGUAUUAAAAAGAGCCUUAAAUGGAACCUUGUUCUUUGAGAUCAAAAAUGGCCACGUUGCAAUAAAACUUGUGGCUUAUUACAGAACGUUGCCUUGUUUUCAUUGGAAAAUAAUAGUUUUUAAGUGUUUAAGCAUAUUUCAAAUAACUUCUGUGGAAAGUAUUGUAAAGGUAAACAAUCAUUAAUCUCAUCUUGAAUAAUGCAAGUUUUUAAUACUGACUUAGGCACUGCUUUACAAUACUUUGUGGCUCUGUUCUGGCCGUUGAAUAAAGGACCUGCUCCUAGUUUACCAUAAAGUAAAGAAGCUACCACUACUGGAGACCAUUAGUUCCAUGAAACACUUAUGUCAGAAACUUAAAAAAUACAAAGUAAUUAACCAUGCAGUGUGUUUUGUACCUGAAUGUUCUUAAAGUUCUACAUGGCAGAGUAAAACCUUGCACGAGUUUUUACAGCUUGCUGUGUUUCUGGGUAAGAUGAUGUGUAAUAACAGUUACAUGCAGAGUAGGAAGCGGGGAAAUAAUUUUUAUUUCUUGAGUGUUACGGUUAGACCGACUCAGUACAAGAAUAAGCCUAAAUGAACUGUUCUACUUGUUAGUUUCUAUGUAAAUAGAACUGGAAAGUGUUUGCCACUACUGAGGCUUGCAUAGGGGACGUGUUUUGGCUGGGAGCCAAAUAAUGCUCUCCUUAUAGAGAAUUUGAUCUGCUCUGUGUGAGCAAUCCUCCGUUAGCCAGAGCUAUUUAUGGCAAACACAUGCUUUUGUAUCUUGUCAUCGUUAUCCACAAAUGGCAAAACUGGACAUGAUUCUCCUGGUAUGCAUAAAGGAGCGCUGUUAGGCAGCCACUGGCAGCUGAACUGUACAUGCUGCUAGAAGGAAUGCUCUUUUAUCAUUACCUUAUUUUAAAAAGUUGGUAGAGUAGAACUGUGGAGCUUUUAAAUGCAGGCUCUUUAUGUUCAGUCCAUAGCCCUUUUUCAACAAAGAAGCAGAUAAUAAUCCAAAUACUUUCUGUCUUUUUUUCCCCCCCGCAAUAGUUUAAGUAACCUAGUGGUACUGUGUUUAGGCUCUCUUGUCCUGUAGAACUUUAAGACUUUAUUUCAGGCUUCUGGCUAUCCCUAUGACUUGCACACUUCAUUGUGUUUGCUGUUCUAUGUAGACUAAACUUUACUAGAAUUUAAGUAAAAAGGCAUGAUGACCACUGACUUACUAAGUGUAUUAAUGAGUCUUGGUUUUGUUCUACAAAACUCUCCUUUCAGGUACCUUUUAAGAUUGCAAAAUAACUGAUGGUAUGCAUGUUGUCUAGAUGAAAAAAAAAAAAACCCACAACUUUUUAUUCCUCAAAAUAGUCCAUUUCUGAUCAUUCACGUUGUAUGCAAAGCCCAGUUUAAUGUAAAGAUCUUUGUGCUUUAUGUUUAACUUGAGCUCAGUACAGUAAAAUGAAAUUAUCUUUUAACUGCAUUUUCACAAGGAAUAAAUUGUUUCUUUAGAAAAAGCCAAAAUGGAAAAUGUUAAAUUUUAAUAAACCAUUUGAAUUUUCAUUUUAGACAGUAAACUUUUUUUAAGGAGUACCGUGUUUAAAUUUAUUGUUUGUCUUUGCUGCAGUCCGGAAAAAUAUCUGUGGCUUCUUAGUUGAAUAUUAUGAGGUUUUUUUUUUUUUUUUUAAACUAGCUUAGGUGUAUAUUCACUCAGUCUGACUAGCUAUGAAAUUGAAGCACAAACUGUCUUUAUGUAAGAUUCCUACCAAAUUAAAGUUUUGGAUCCAAAAGGAUCAAGCCUUCAGUUUGUUCUUGAAAUGAAUGACUGACUGACUGAUGUGAGGUCCAAUUCAGAUGGCUCGAUUUUAAAAAAAACAAAAACAAAAAAACAAAAACCAAUAAAGUGCUACAGAACUGUUACUGUUUGAAUUAUAAAACAAAUGAGAGACAGCUGGCAUCUGUUCCAAAAUGGUUUGUCAGCUGUUGUUUUCUGUCAUUAUGCAAAAUGGUGAGGGCCUCAUUGUGAUCAAGAAGUGGAGGAAAAUCCUCUCAAGUUGAAUAUCUUCUGUGUAUCUCUGUGUAGACGUGACUUUUGGAUAUCUUGGCCUCAGUUAUUUUAUUGAUAAAGAAAUGUUAAAUAAAUUUUUCAUGAGAGUAGCUUGUGCAGAGAUGGCAUUUUUUUUCUAAAAAAUUUCAAAGCCAGCAAUUUUGUUUGAUUUGGUAAAUCCUGGAAGAGGUAUAGAUAGAUGGGUUUGAUUUCUCUGAAAAGGGAACUCAAUCCAAAACUAGAGUAUGUAAGUGAGGUUUAUGCUUGUGGCGAUUUUAGAAGUGCAAAGCUUAAGUUUAUAUGGACUUGAGUGUAAAAAUCGCUCCUAGUCAGAUCAUGAAGCGGAGUUUGAGUAUGCUCUGUUAAACCCAAAGUGUUUCGCUAAGUGGAAGACUUUCCCUUCUCUACCCUUCCCUCAAAACAAGUGAUGGAAUACAGUGAUUGCCACAAUUUGAUAAUAAGCUUUACUCUCUUAUGCCAAUUCCAGUAUAAACCAAAUUUUCAUGUCUGCCUAUUUUUUAUAAACUUCUGUAAGUCCCCUUUAGUUUGUGGUGGCGAGUUAAUGAUUGUAGAGUGAAAACACGGCACUAAUGGUGGAUCAGAGAUCAUCAAUGUAGCACCUGUCUAUUGAACUUCUUUGAAAUAUUUCUGAUUUUGAAAACCUGGUAUAAAUAAAAUUAAUUUAAAUGUC